AGGUCAGUGAUAGGGAUAAACAUCAUUGCAUUCGAUUGUAUUGGGGUUAAAAAUUUCCAUUCUAACGUCAAGGACAUUGUCUUUUGUGCGCCAGAAAAAAAAUUACCUUGACCGAAUGAAAGUAAUUAUCCGCAGACCUUUAUACAUACACGCAUACAGAAGAGUCCAAAGUUCUGGCUUUUUUUAAAUAAAAAUCAUUGUACAGUAUUACUAAGCGCUAAUAAAAAUAGUUAUUGAUAAUGAGCAGUCCUUCGAAAUUGAUAUCCACAUCCGGUUUUUCCCGCCAGAGCGAACGCCUCGACGUCUGCUGGAUGGUAUUAGCACUGCGUGACAAUGGAGGAGGAGGUACCAAGUCAGCCACGAUAACUGUUAAAAUAUUUGAUAGAAUAUACUUAAUAACAAGGAUGAAUAAUCAAACAAAUGGCCAAAAUUACGAUCUGCUCAUCCAAGAAAUUGAGGGAAUUGACGAUUACCUGGGCCCGACAUUCAGAGCUAUAUAUGAUGGCCACGAGCACCAAAAGUUCAUGGAAAAGCUGGAUGAGAGGGUCAGGAGCCAUGACAAAGACAUUGAACGUAUGUGCAAUCAUCAUUAUCAGGGAUUCAUCGAUUCUAUCAGGGAACUACUACAAGUUCGAUCGCAAGCACAACAGCUCAAUACUGAAAUACUCGACUUGGACAAUAGAAUAAGUGCCUCGGCAUCAAAAGUAAUUGAAAAGGGUGAGGAGCUGGUAAAAGCAAGAAAAGUCGAGAGCAACAUAGCAGCAGCCAUCGACAGUCUAAACAUGUGUUUGCCAGUACUAGCAGCGUAUGCCAAGCUCCAAAGGCAAUUGAAAGAUAAGCGUUACUACCCAGCUUUAAAGACCCUGGAACAGUUGGAGCAUUAUGAUCUGCCUAAAGUUACGAACUACAGAUUCUCUUCUCAAAUAACCGAACAAAUACCAUUACUGAGGAAGAACAUUAAGGAUGCCUCAAUGUCAGACCUCAGAGACUUCUUGGAAAAUAUCAGAAAAUAUUCCCCAAAAAUUGGCGAAGUGGCAAUGCGUCACAGUGCGGAGCAGCUCGUUACUGAAGCAGAGAUCAUUGGCAGGAAAAAGAAGUUGCAAAUCAGAGCUUCCACAAUUAAUGAAGGAGAAGAGGAACUCAGUGCUCAAGAUCUGAUGGAUUUCAGUCCUGUUUACCGUUGUAUGCAUAUUUACACAGUUUUGAGGGAGGGUGAUGAGUUCAAGGCAUAUUAUCAACAGCAAAGGAAGCAACAGGCUAGAUUGGUACUUCAGCCUCCUGUUAAUAUGCAUGAAAGCAUCGUCGGGUAUCAAUCAUACCUUCACGGAAUUGUUGGUUUCUUCGUUGUUGAAGAUCAUAUAUUGAACACUGGAAAUGGUCUGGCGAGUCGGACCUAUCUCGAAGAAUUAUGGGCGAUGGCGCUAUCAAAAAUCGUGAAUGCCCUUAGAACCCAUUCAGCCUAUUGUACAGACGCCACACUAAUCCUAAAGAUAAAGAACCUGAUUAUGUUGUUCAACACGACCUUAAGAAACUACGGAUACCCAGUCGGACAGUUGUGGGACCUUCUUCAGGAGAUCAGAGUGCAUUACAAUGAAGUCUUAAUGCAACAUUGGGUUCAGCUUUUUAGAGACAUCCUCGAUGAAGACAAUUUCCUGCCAGUCCAAGUAUCAACUCAAGAAGAAUACGACGUAAUAGUACAAUCCUUUCCUUAUCACGAUACAGAGCUGGAGAAAGCUGAGUUCCCCAAGAAAUUUCCAUUCUCGCAGAUGGUCCCUCAAGUCUAUCAUCAAGUUAAGGAGUUUAUUUAUGCCUGCUUGAAGUUCUCAGAGGAUUUGAACCUAACACAGACUGAAAUCGAUGAGAUGAUAACGAAAUCCACGAAUUUGUUGCUCACGAGGACUUUCAGUGGUUGUUUGUCUUCAUUGUUCCGAAAGCCAUCUCUUGCUCUUCUUCAGGUAGUCCAGAUUAUCAUAAAUACUGGGUACUUGGAAGACUCAACGAAGUAUCUAGAGGAAUUCGUGUCAAACAUCACAGCAACACCUCAUGACGUACAAUUGAGCUGCGGGGGUGUAAAAUCAGCGAUGUUUAGGGUAGCUCGAGACGACGCAGAAAAACAAAUAUGCGAUAAGUUGGAACGCAAGCUUGAUGAAUUUUUAGAACUCGAGAAUUAUGAUUGGAAUCUGACAGAGCCUCAGGGGCACGCCUCAGGUUUCAUCACUGACCUCAUUGCCUUUCUCCAUAGUACCUUCACGUGCUUCACAAAUCUGCCAGCUGAAGUGGCCCAGGUCGCCUGCAAAUCCGCAUGCUCUCACAUUGCUCAGGCAAUUCUGGGAAUUCUAAUCAGUGAGGACUUGAGGCAAAUUUCCAUGGGAGCUCUCCAGCAAGUAAAUCUGGAUACGAUUCAGUGCGAACAGUUUGCAGCUUCUGAGCCUGUUGCUGGAUUACCAGAGGGAACUCUCCUCCAAUAUUUUUCUCAAUUGAGACAACUGUUAGAUCUCUUUAUGAGCUGGGAUUGGCCCACGUACUUCCAUGAUUAUGGACAUGAUUCCAGUAAAUAUAACGUAGUAACACCGAAUAUGGCGGUGAUACUUCUCGAGAAGUUGAAGGAGUCAGAUAAAAAAACUAAUGUAUUCUCGGUGCUCAAGAAAAGUGAGAGAGAUAAGAAGAAAUUACUGGAGACUGUGCUUAAACAGCUCCGCCAAUUAGUUAUCACAACCGGCAAUAAUUAGUGCCAUGGUUUAUUAUAAUGUUCUUGAAACAACGUGUGUGACGGCAUAGUAAAGCGUAAUCAUGCAUUAGUACCAAAAGUAAAUGAUUUUCCAAUUGACGAAACUAAAUGAAUAAUUUACCUGUUACCAUUUUAGAACAGAAAUCAAAUGGAAAUAUUUGUAUAUACAAUGAAACUGUAAAUAUUUCGAUAUUUUAUCUUAUAUAAAGCCUGUAGAAAUUGUAACAAACCGUUGAAUUUAAUAAAAUUCAAUUUAAUUUAUUCUUCGAAAAGCCGA